CCGCCCCUUGAGCAUUAUGCCUAUAUUGUCCUUUCUGUUCUGGGCUUUUUGAAACGGCUGGCCACGAUGCCCGGAAUACUGCUGGGGGACGUGUUCCCUGAUUUUGAAGCUGAAACCACCAUCGGCCACAUAAAACUGCAUGAUUAUUUGGGAGACUCGUGGGGCAUCUUCUUCUCGCACCCCCGGGACUACACCCCAGUGUGUACCACCGAGCUCGGCCGCGCCUCCAAACUCAGCGGGGAAUUCUCCAAGCGCAACGUGAAGAUGAUCGCGCUGUCCGUUGACAGCGUGGAGGACCACCACGGCUGGAGCAAAGACAUCAUGGCAUACAACGAUGAGGCUCCUGCCUGCAAGCUUCCAUUUCCCAUCAUAGCAGACGCAAAACGGGACCUGGCAGUGAAGUUGGGUAUGCUGGACCCUGAUGAGAGGGACAAAGAUGGGAUACCACUCACUGCACGCUGUGUGUUUGUGAUUGGCCCCGACAAGAAACUUAAGCUAUCCAUCCUUUACCCUGCGACGACGGGACGCAACUUCGAUGAACUCCUGCGUGUCAUAGACUCCCUACAGCUGACAGCACAGAAUAGAGUUGCCACCCCGGUGGGCUGGAAGCCUGGUGAUCGGGUCAUGGUUCCACCCAACAUUCCUGAAGACGAGGCCGCAGCUCUGUAUCCGGCUGGAGUUUUCACAAAAGAUCUGCCUUCUGGGAAGAAGUACCUGCGUUACACCCCCCAACCAUAAGGGGGUGAUAUAGAGCACAGCCCUAUGGCCUCUAAGAUCAAGACAUGCUUGGCAUGUCCUUGGAGCCAAGCUGUCCAUCGUCAUUAUGUUCUUCAGUGAGAAUCAUAUCCUAUGCUGGAAGAUGUGUAGGUCUCACAAGUUUGAAGCCAGCAGCAGAAACUCCUGUAAAUUCCUGUGACAGUCACAGUUGUACUCCGAAUGUUAUGUGACAUAUAUAGUGCCUUAUUUUAAAGAAGUAAAAAAAAAGAAACUUA